GGUUCUUAAACGGUUCAUUUUAUUUACAGCGCACAACGUUUUUACUGGUUGUAUAUAUUUUAUAUUGUUUGUUCCCUUUAAUUACUGUAUGAAAUCUACACGUACUUGUGAACGGAAAUAUUUGCAUUUUUAAUGAAAAAUAGGCUCAAGAUAGAUAUAUAUAUAUAUUGGUUACAAAAGAGCCAAGUGGUUGAACGAGCCGACUCUUUUGGAUUUAGCUAAGCUCGCGCCUCUGCCUGCAGAGUCUCUCGCUCUCUCUCAGCACCAGCCGGUGGCUAUACAUAAUUGUAAUGGCCGUGGCGGUGAGCUCCACCUGUCCUGGCCUUUACUGCGGGAAAACCCUCAUUAACGGCACAAUUGAAGGAGAAUGUGGGGUGUGUCCACGAGGCGAGAGAGCGAACCUGGAGAAGUUCUGUCAGAAGUGUAUGGGUUCUCCAGAGCUCUAUGACUGGCUGUACCUGGGCUUUAUGGCCAUGUUGCCACUGGUCCUGCACUGGUUCUUUAUCGAGUGGUACUCGGGGAAGAAAAGCUCGAGUGCGGUCCUGCAGCACGUGACGGCUCUGUGCGAGUGCGGCGUGGCAGCAGUGAUCACCCUGCUGUUGAACGAGCCGGUGGGUGAGCUGACCAUUCGCUCCUGCAGAGUCCAGAUGCUCUCAGACUGGUACACCAUGCUGUACAACCCGAGUCCUGACUACAUCACUACACUUCACUGCACCCAGGAGGCUGUCUUUCCCCUCUACACCAUAGUUCUGAUCUACUACGCCUUCUGCUUGGUGUUCAUGAUGCUGCUGCGCCCUCUGCUGGUGAAGAAGAUCGCGUGUGGUUUGGGGAAGACGGAUCGCUUUAAAAGCAUCUACGCUGCGCUGUACUUCUUUCCCAUCCUCACCCUGCUGCAGGCAGUCGGCGGAGGACUCCUGUAUUAUGCCUUUCCAUACAUCAUUCUGGUCCUGUCGCUGGUGACUCUGGCUGUGUACAUGUCUGCUUCAGAGAUCCAGUCCUUUAAGAACCUCGUGGCCAAAAAGAAGCGUUUGGUGGUGCUGUUCAGUCAUUGGCUCCUCCACGCAUACGGCAUUGUCUCCAUCUCUCGCCUGGAUAAACUCGGGCAGGACUUGCCGCUGUUGGCCCUCGUUCCUGGACCCGCACUUUUUUAUUUACUCACGGCUCGAUUCACCGAACCCAACCGCAUUUUAUCAGAAGGAGGAAAUGGACACUGAGACACUGAUUGGUGUGUGUGUGUGUGUGUGUGUGUGUGUGUGUGUGUGUGUGUGUGUGUGUGUGUUUACCUUAGCCGCUGUUAAAAAGGAAGUCUGUGUCGCUUAAACUCUUGUGAUUAUUUAAGUUCCAUGUUGAAUCUGAAUGAAUAAUUUAUAUAUGAAUAAAUCUGCUGCUAUUUUAUAGAAUCGUGACGUUGCGGAGCUUAACGAGGUUCUGAUGGGAUUUUUUUUUGUUUGCAAAUAAACAGACGUCUGACUUGUGCGCUACAUAUUUCAGUAAAUUCAAGGUAAAACUGUAGAAUUUGUACAUUUAUAUAUAUUUUUUCUUUUAAACUGAGGAAGUAAAUGUUCCUGUGCAUGUUAUAAGUCGUUCUGUUCUUUAAAUAGGAAUUAAGAGAUGAGUGAGAAUGUAAAUAGUAAGAGUGAAGCAGUGACGCUUUAAAUGUAUAAUUUGUACGUUUUAUAAGUAAAAUAUGGACAUUAAAGCAGCCACUGAUGCUGGAGAUAAGAAAUAACAUCUGUUAGGAACCAUAACCACCCCGUCCAUUUCCCUCCCAAGAGACACGGAACAGCUGCAAUGCUUUAAGGCUCAUCUGAGAUGUACAUUAUCAGUGAAUGGUACAUUCUUUUCAUUUCUUUUGUAUAUUUGUACAGCUGUGUGUGUGUGUGUGUGUGUGUGUUUCUCUAUUUUGUCUCGAUUGCAGCUGGUCUGUGAAAUAUACUCAUUAAUCAUCCUGUCAUUCACUUGCAUAUGACAUUUAGCUCUUUUUUUCACGCUACUCUGUUUCAAACUCUUGCAUGUAUGAUAUGAGGAUAAUAAAUGUGUUUUCUGGGUCAAUAAAUGA